AUGGGGCUGCUCAACAUUCUGAAGAAGAUGAAAAAGGACGACAAGGAAGCGCGGAUCCUGGUGUUGGGCCUGGAUAACGCUGGCAAAACCACCAUUCUCAAGAAGUUGUCCGAGGAGGACAUCUCACACAUCAUGCCGACACAGGGAUUCAACAUCAAAACCAUCCACCAAGAAGGCUUCAAGCUGAACGUUUGGGACAUAGGCGGUCAGAAAGCGAUUCGGCCCUUUUGGAGCAACUACUUCGAGAACACUGACGCGCUGGUCUAUGUCAUCGACUCCUCUGACAGGCGUCGUCUCGAAGAGAGCAGUGCAGAGCUGCGGGAGCUCCUGGCCGAGGACAAGCUCGGUGGGAUACCGAUGCUGGUCUAUGCCAACAAGCAGGACCUGUUGCAAGCAACGCCUGCGGACGAGAUCGCGGAAGUUAUGGGGCUGGCGAGCAUCACCGACCGAGUGUGGACUAUCCAGGCAUGCAGCGCCAAGAACGGCGAAGGGCUGCAGGAAGGCAUGGAGUGGGUCAUCGGGAACUGCCAGAAGUAA